AUGCAGCCCUUGGUGACUAGACGCUCGUUUUCCACGAUACCGAUCUUUAAUCGAGGAACCAAGAGGCAACAGCGGAACAACAUCGCGCUUUUGGACAAUAGUAACGAGUACGAGUAUCUUCAGGACGAGGUCGCUCGUCGCCUCGUCGAUCGCUUGGAGGAUAUUGAGCGCGAGUUCCCAUUGGCACUGGACUUGGGGUGUGGCAGUGGCCACCUAUACAAGAACCUGAGCAUCGACCACGGGCUAGGAGGCAUCAAGAAGCUGGUCCAGUGCGACUCGGCGGAGAAAUUGCUUCUACGCGACAACUUGGAGACGAACACCUUGCUGGAGACAACACGUCUGGUAGCAGAUGAGGAGUUCCUUCCAUUCCCGAGCCGCCACUUUGACUUGGUAAUGAGCUCACUAAGUUUGCACUGGGUGAACGAUCUUGAAAGCACGUUUCACCAGGUGCUAGACACGCUGAAGCCCGAUGGUGCAUUCAUUGGUGCGGUGCUGGGAGGAGACUCAUUGCAGGAACUGCGGUACGCUUACGAUAACCAUAUUGUGCAUAAAGUAUCCGCGCCCUAA